AUGAAGGAACCAGAGGAUCCAGAUCCAUAUGAUGAUAAGUCAGAUGUAUCAAAAUAUGAAAGACUAUCUCAGAGGUCUUCUAGAUCUGGAUCAAGAAGGGGAGAAAGUUUUACAUUGCCAGAUGAUAUCACAGAUGAUAUGUUGACUGAAGGAGAAGAAUUAGGUUUAGAGGACGAAGACUUACUUGAAGAACAACUGGAAGAAAGUUCCACCUCCUUUCAUGAUGAUAAUUUUGAAAGCACUGAAGAAUCUUUGUAUGAAGAAGUUGCAACCUCAGCUGCAAAAGAGACAGAGGACGAAGUUAAGAGGAAAUUAUCAGAUCAGUUCUACUACAAUUAUGAUGAGCUUGCUUCGAAGCCUUAUGUGACUCCAAAUUCAAGCAUACCACUGAAUCUCCUCAGUCUUGUUCAUUCCUUUGGUUAUGAUUGCAGAAGGCGGGCCAACCUACAACUUCUGGACAGUUGUACACUGAUGUACAUUGCUGGAAACCAGCUGAUCCUUCUGGAUUUGAAAACCAAGGAACAGAUCUACGUGCGAAGUACCAGUGGUGGUGGAAUUGGUGCCAUUGGGGUUCACCCCUAUAAAACUCACUUCACAGUAGCUGAAAAAGGAAAUUCUCCAAAUAUCAUCAUAUAUGAAUAUCCUUCUCUACAACCAUACAGAGUCCUUCGAGAUGGCUGUGACUUGGGAUAUGCCUAUGUCGACUUCAACUAUGAUGGCACCUUGCUGGCAUCUGUUGGUAGCAGCCCUGACUACACAUUCACCAUCUGGAAUUGGAAAGAAGAACAGCCCAUGCUGAGGACAAAAGCUUUUACCCAGGAUGUUUUUAAAGUAACUUUCAACCCUGAAGAUGAUGAGCAGCUUACUACUGCAGGGGCAGGACACAUCAAGUUCUGGGAGAUGGCUUUUACAUUCACUGGUCUUAAGCUGCAGGGGUACCUGGGUCGAUUUGGCAAAACAAAUACUUCUGAUAUAGAAGGCUACAUGGAGCUCCCUGAUGGAAAGGGUGCCAUUAACCAGAUAAUGCUGGAUGAGGGCGAGGUUAUCACUGCCGGGGCAGAUGGAUGCAUUAGGAUAUGGGACUUUGAGACAAUCGACACUGCUGAUGCUAUUGAUGACUCUGGAUUGGUAGAGAUUGAGCCUAUAAAUGAGCUUCAAGUAGGCAAGCAUGUCAGAAUCUACUCUAUGAUAAAAAUGGAUGAAAUUGGAAAUAACUUUUGGUUAGCGCAGGAUUCCAGUGGAGCCAUAUGGAAGCUUGACCUUAGUUUUUCAAAUAUUACCCAGGAUCCAGAAUGCCUCUUCUCCUUCCACUCUGGACCAAUUCAAGCCUUGGCUCUCUCUCCUCUUACUUAUCUCAUGGCCACUACUUCUUUGGACUGUACUAUUCGAAUCUAUGAUUUUGCUAGCAAAAUUCCUCUGACUCAGAUAAAAUUCAAACAAGGAGGUACUGCCCUCAUUUGGACACCACAACUGGUAAACUAUACUGGAUCACAGAUUGUUGCUGGAUUUGAAGAUGGAGUCGUUCGGAUUCUUGAACUUUAUGAUCCAAAAGAGCUUUCAGUUUUUGCAGGACGGAAGAAAAUUUGGGAUGCAGAGAUUCAGUUGAAGUAUGUUUUCAAACCUCAUAAUUCUCGUGUCACUGCUUUAGCUUAUGACCGUGAUGGAGAAAUUCUAGCUACAGGAAGUAGAGAUCACACUGUCUUCUUCUUUGAAGUGGAAAAGGAUUAUAAACCAAUAGGUUAUAUUACUGCCCCCGGACCUGUUUGCCAGCUAAUGUGGUCUACAGUGUCUCAUCCUCAAAGUACCCUACUCAUUUUCUGUGACAAUGGUUAUAUUCUUGAAGCACCACUUCCAGUCAUAAAGGAAGAAGAGGUGGAUCGUGAUGUGGUUUCCUAUCAUAUCGAAGACAUGAAGAUACGAUAUUUCCAUUUCACAAGUGUCAAGUCUAAGAUUAUGAGAUUAAUAGAAAUUGAAAAGAGAAAGAAACAUGCAGAGAUGAAGGAGAAGGAGAGGGAAACACGGAGGAAGGAGCUGCUAGAAGAGUUGGGAGAAGAAGGAGAAAAAGUGUUCCAGGAGGAGCAGGCAGAACAGGGGGAGGAAGAGGAAGAGGAGCCGUUGCCUGAAAUCUUCGUCCCGUCAACUCCCUGUCAAAUCCUCUGUGGAUUUUACUCUGGACCAGGGAAGUUCUGGGUUGCUUUGGGUGGCUACGAUGCUGGCUUCCUGUAUCACUGUGAGUUCCCUCCAUACCAAGAAGGCCGUCCUUUUGAAGAACAGAAGGAUGAACCUUUUGAUUUCCGAUAUAUUGAGGAUGCAGAGGAAAAUCCCAUCCAGGCUGUCACAUUCAGCCUUAAUAGAACUAUGAUGUUUUGUGGAAUGGGUGAUGGAUCCAUUCGUGUCUAUAUCCUAAGUAAGAGUGAUUUUUCAUUGGCCAAAAUGGAGGAAUACUGGCACUUCAACAUGCAUGACAAUAAUUAUGGACGUAUUAAAAGCAUCUCUACUAGCUUUGAUGACCGCUUCUUAGUGACUGCUGGAACAGAUAGUAAUAUCUUUGUUUUCAAAAUUUAUUCUGAAUUAGCAUUAGAGAAAGACCUCACAGCUAAAGUACCCUUGCCCAUGUUUGGAAUUGAAACAGAAGUAAUUCCUCAAGACAUUGAAGAUCUUUCUGCUUACAGUAUUGAGAAUGCCAGAAAGAAAAGAGAACAUGACAAGUUAAUGAAGGAAGUGGAGGAAGAAAAGGCUGCAAAGCGGGAAAAGCUCAGAGGUCUCAGGAAUGAGUUUUUGAAACUACUAGAGAUGAAUGAAGAACUACCAAAGCAUAUGCAACUUAAGAGGACAGACUUUAAUCUAGAUUCCAAAAUUCGAGUUGAGAUUAACCGGAAAACAGCUUACAAAAUUCAGCAAACAGAAAAAGAAUUAGCUUGGGAAAAAGAGAAGUGUAAUCUUGGCCUAAUGAAGAUACAGAAAAGAUUUCGUGAUUCAUUGGAAAGUGACGCUGUUGUGGUCCAUGCCAUACAAACUAGCCACAAGAUAGCCUCCUAUAGGCUUGUGAAGCCCUCUAAGUAUUUCAAGUCCAAACGGUCAAGCCAGUCAGAAAGACGACCUAGCAAACUAGAGAGGCUUGAAAAAGAGGGAGCUGGACAAAGGGAUAGCCAGAAAGAUACAGAUGCCAUUGUUAGCACGCAUGAAGAAUCAAUCAUAGAAAAAGGGAAGAAAUUUCGACCUAGAACCCUAAGUGAAAUUAUGGUUCGAAAUCAAAUUGAGAAGACCAAAAAGAUUAUAGUAAAAGCAGAAAAAGCCCAACAAAAGAUCCUGCAGCGGAAAAAAGAAUGGGAGGAACUGUUAAAGAGUAAACCUAGGGAUGACUAUGAAGAUCCCAGAGAUAUUCAGGCCAUCAAAGAUGCCCAGAUGCAUAUGGGAGACUUUAAUCUGAAGACAGCUACAGAUUACAAGAUACCUGAACACAUGAGAAUAAAUGCUGCCAAGAAGGAGGAAGAAUUGGGUAUCUUAGACACUCUGGCCCAUGGGAAGAAACUGCACAUGAACAAGUGCAUCCUCUCUCUUCGAGACCUUAAAGUGGCUGUUAUUGAGGAGAUUCAGUGCUUGGUUCAAGAACUAAAGAACAUUCAAUUGACUCUCCCUGAAUCUAAGCACAUCCCUAUUCCUCAAAUUCCUGAAAUACACCCAGAAGAAGUUCCAGAAAAGAGAUUUCAGUAUGAUAAGGAAACUCUCCUUGCUUUUAAGCAACAGCAAAUUAAAGAGCAGAAUGAAAAGUCCUUUCAUACGGACCAGAUGGGAUUGAUGGGCCCCAGUGCAUUCCUCAAACUCGCUUCCGGAAGGGAUGGAGAUCUGACAACGCGAGAUUCUUUGUCAAGAUCUUCAAGAGCAUCCACCUACAGUUCAGAACAUCAGAGGCUCUCAGAAUUUGAAAAGACAGAGCCAUCAGAAAUAGAGAUAGAGAUUGCGAAGAGGGAGGAGAUAAAACACUUAUACAUGCAACAGUAUUUGAGCAACAGGAUCAAAGAACUGAUAGUCACUUUUGAUGCUGAACUGCGUAUCCUGAGACAUCAGAAAUUGAAGCUAGAUACUCAGAUGAAAUUAUCUGACUUGCACCAUGUCACAUUAUUUCAAGAACUGCUGCUCCUCAAGAAUUUUGAAAAACAGGAAAACAUACUUCAGGAACGUGUUAAUGCACUAGACAAAGAGGAACAAGACAUGCAGUGGAAAAUAAAUGAGACUCUUAAAGAGAUGGAGGAGAAGAAGAAUGAAGUGAACAAACUCCAGGAUCAGGAAAAGGCGCUUUAUGCUGGCUUCCAAUCAGCCCUUGGAGAAAACAAUACAUUUGCUAACUUCCUCAUGAAGGUCCUAAAGAAGAAGAUUAGGCGAUCAAAGAAAAAGGAGGUUGAAGGAGAACAAGAGGAAGAUGAGGAGAGUGAGGAGUCAAGUGAAGAUGAGUCAAGCUUGGAGAGCGAUGAAAAUGAGUCUGGAUCUGAAGAUGAAGUUUUUGAUGAUUCAGUCUGUCCUACGAGUUGUAAUAAAUCUCUUUUUGAACUGGCCAUUCAACUUCGAGAGAAACGGCUGGACAUCGAGGAAGCCUCAGUUGAAGAAAAGAAGCUUAUUGAUAAUCUCAAGAAGGAAUAUGAUACAUUAUCAAAAAAAGUGAAAGUUGUGGCAAAUAAUCUGAAGGCCGCAGAGGAGGCCCUGGAGGCAUACCAGCGAGAGAAGCAGCAGCAACUGAAUGAGCUGCUCGUGGUGAUCCCGCUGAAACUCCAUCAGAUAGAAUAUACGGUAUUUGGAGAAAUACCUAAUGAUCUUUCUAGUACCCUGGUGUUUUCUAACCACUCCCUGGGACUACUGCAAGAAAGAAUCGUACAACUCCACCAGGAAAAUAUCCAGCAGCAAAAACUAAACAAAGAAUGCCGGGAACGGCGAAAAUUGCUUAUCAGAGAGAAAAGAGAGAUGGCAAAAACUAUUCAGAAAAUGGAAGACACAGUUCAACGAUUAAUGAUUAGAAAGUUUGGUCGUGUGAUAGACCUAGAAGCCCUUCAGACCCUCUCUGUUAAUACAACCCUUGAAGAACUAAAGAUCAAAAAAAUUCAAAAAGAGCUAUCAAACGCAAAGGAAAUGAAGAUGUGGGAGGAAAAGAUUGCUCAAAUGCGAUGGGAACUGAUGAUGAAGACAAAAGAGCACACCAAAAAACUCUACCAAAUGAAUGAUUUAUGUGUUGAAAAGCAGAAACUUGAUUCUCGACUGAAUACACUACAGAAUCAACAGGGCAAUGCCUUCCAGGGCCUUCGGAAAGCAGAUAUUGUGGCAAAACAAAAACUCACCGAGCUGAUCCAAGUCCAGGCAGAGAGGAUUUUGGCCUUGAAAGAAGAGAUUACCCUUUUGCGUAAGAAAGGCGGCCUUAUCCUCCCACCCAUUCAUCAUCCACAAGAGUGA